GCAUAUCCCAGCGCAGUCUGUCGGAUAUGCGCCGUUAUCGCAGACGCAGUUAUUAGUUAUUCAUUUAUUGCGAAAUUGCAACUCUUAGUGUUUUAGAGGAGUUAUCGUCCUUUUCCAUCAUGAUGAAGCGAGGCUGAGACGUUGCAAAACAACAAGAAAUAGAAAAUCGAUUUUCUAGCCAGAAGUAGGCGGUAUCGUUCUAAUUUUUUUACCUGUGACAAACGGUAAGGUGUUACUUUCUCGGGAUUUGCGAUGAUUCUUAGUGGAUGAUUGAAAAUGUAAUGCUGAAGUUCAAUAAUUUCCAUUCACAAAGCCCGAGGAAAGUAGCACAUGCUGAAUCGCACUUGUUCAAUAUUUUAGUUUUAGAAAUGGGAAAUAGAUACGAAAUAAUCUGAAAUUGAGCAAAAUAUUUAUACGUUAAUUGCUUAAUCAAUAACGUUAAUUUAUUUAUAAUGAAUAAAUAAAAAUAAGUAAACAAAUUAUGAAUAAAAACUUUCACGUAUAGAGAUUAUUGUAGGCCAUAAAACAUGCCGCCACGGAAAUAUCGAAAAUCAAAUAGUCCAUAUGCCAGGCCAGCGCCAGCCAUAGCCACAUCAUCGGCACCGCCCCAAGCCACUGGCACAGUCACCACACAAAGCCAUGCUCCUACUAUAGAUGUAGUGACGUCAUCACCAGCACCAGUGCCCCCAACCGAUGCAACCAGGAUAACACAGAAUCUGGUUCAAGAUACAGCAGAUUCUCCAAGGGUAUGGUUAGUUGGAUCAUCCAUCAUACGUCAUGCCUUUCUACACUCCUUGACUUCCCCAAUGGGUAUUAAUCUCCAACUGAAUGCACAAAUUUGGUGGCAGGGUUAUGGCGGCUUAACACUCAAAACUCUGCAGAGAAGGAUAAACCAUAUAGCCAACCUUGAGGAUGCCCCUAGCGUUAUAGUUAUACAUUGUGGAGGAAAUGAUAUUGGAAAAACACAAACUCAGAAAUUGUUAGUGAAUGUACAGGAAGUGCACAAAUUUUUAUCUCUUAAAUUUCCCUCUACAAAACUUGUAUGGUCUGAAUUGUUGCCUCGAAUUAAGUGGCGUUACUCAAACAAUAUCAGAGCAAUGGAAACAACACGAGCUAGAAUAAAUAGACAGGGAAUGCGUUGUUUCCUUAAUAUAGGCGGGGCCAUAUAUCACCCACAAUUCAAAAAUAAGGAUGAAUAUUUAUUCAAAGUAGAUGGAGUACAUCUAUCCAAAGAGGGAAAUGAGAUAUUCUGUCAAAACCUUAAAAGUGGCCUGCAACAAUUCCUGAAAAAGUGUUGAAAUUCUCUGAGAUUUGGGGUCCGCGGUGGAAUCAUUGUGAGUGGUUCUUGCCAACAUGGGGGUUUCACUAUACAGUAUGAAGUACUAAGUGCUGAUGGUCGUAUAAGGGACCCCCUUGUUGGCGAGAUCUUCCGAUCUUGUGGCGGAAGAACCACUCAAGUUCAAUGACAGAUAUAAAAACUUACUGAAAUGUACCAUUCCAUAUUGUGGGGGAUGCUGACACACAUGCGAAUCAACCCGGUGCUGUUGGCAUCCCUUCAUAAUUGAUUGUAAAUAUGUUGUCAUUGGUAAAUACAAUUGUUGAAUUUGAUGUUGAUGAAAGACAAACUGAAAGUCAUUGAAAUAUUGACAAUUUGAUGUUGACGUUGAUAAUACAAUGAAGUUGUUGAUAAUGUUGAAAUGUUGAUCUAACGUUGAAUGUUGAUAUAACUUGUCAUUAAUAUCUCAUAAAAUGUAAAUAUGUUGUGUGCUUGGGGCUUGCUCUUGCUAACUGGCAUCCCCUUGCAGUUGUAUGUUGUUUCAUUAUAAUUUAAUGUACUUAUUUCCACCGCGGCCAAAAAAUUGCCACAAGUAAACUUUAAACUUUUAA